UUAGCUCAUUCCCUCCAAAUCGAAGGGGAGGGGGGAACUGCACUAGAUCAUCGCUAGAUCGAUUGGCAACUGAGCUUCCAACUAUCUCCAGUUCUCCUCUCCUUCAAACCCUCUUAAGUUUUUUCAAUGGCGAAGUUGUGCUGAAGUUGUAAAUCUCUAUAUCCCAAGAUUCGCAGAUACUUUGUGAGGGACGAUGAAUUUUCUUUUACGACCUGCUCAACCAUCGGUUCCUGACCAACUAUCCGUUCAAGAACCCUCCACGCCUACACAUUCUCUUUUAAAGCCUGUAGCAACUUUGGAGGGUCUUAUUGCUGAAGAUCCGUAUUCACCGACCCCCUCAAAUGUUAAUGGUGAUGCAGAAAGUGAUGGAAUUUCUGGUGUAAGUGGUGGCCUUUCCAGUCAAAGUACGAAGCACCAGUUUCCUAUCGUUGAGAAUCACUCGGAUGUUACUGAAGACGAAGGAUGGAUAAUUAUACCAUACAAGGAACUUCCUGAUAACUGGACCAAUGCGCCAGAUAUUCAUUCUCUUCGCUCUUUGAACCGUUCCUUUGUUUUUCCUGGUGAACAGGUUCAUAUAUUAGCAUGCUUAUCAACAGCUAAACAGGAUACAGAACUUAUAACACCAUUCAGGGUUGCUGCAGUAAUGAGUAAAAAUGGCAUCACUCAUAGCACUAAGCGGCAGAAGGAAAGUAUGGGAAUUGAAUCAAAUUCAGUUGCUGGAGAAGGGGAAGAAGAGAGUCCAAAUCGAAAUGUGGAGCAGAAUGGUGCAAACCUAUUAACUACUGAGAGGACUGAUCCACGAGGGGAUAUUUCUGCUAGUGAAUCUCUUCUUCGAAUUGAAGACCACAAAAAACGAACUGAAACAUUGUUAACAAAAUUUAAGAACUCCCAUUUUUUUGUGAGGAUUGCAGAGUCAGAUGAACCGCUUUGGUCAAAAAGAAGUGUACCAGAAUCUUCUGAGACGGUAGGAGGGAAGUUAACUACAACUGAUGCAGGAGCGAGAAAGGCUUCAAAAAAAGAUACUCAUGUGAAUGCAGUUAUCGAUAGAGGAAAUUUUGAUGCUAGUGUGUCUGGUGGGUUGGCUAGAGAUACUGUUAGAUGCUGCUCUCUUUCUAGUGGAGACAUAGUGGUGCUUUUAGGAGUCCAGGUUGGAGUUGAUCUUUUGAAACAUCCCACACUUGAGGUUCUUCAAUUUGAGAAACAUCAGGAUAAAAAUGUAGCUUCUGAUAAGGGGGACAACUUAAUUAACACAAAUCAAGAGGAUCCAUGUGGGGAGCUGCUAAAAUGGUUGCUUCCUUUGGAUCAUAGUCUUCCUCCUCCAGCUCGUCCAUUAUCCCCUCCUUUGAGUAAUACUUCUGGAUUUGGUAGCACAUCUCAUAAAUCCACAGUUUCUGCUUCAUCUGGCUCCCAGAUAUUUUCUUUCAGUCACUUUAGAAGUUAUUCUAUGUCAUCGCUUCCUCCAAGUAAUGCUACACUACCCUCUUCAGUUACAGCCUCCGUUCCCAAACCCACCUUUGACCAAGAAGACUGGGACCGUUUUUCUCCCCAGAAUUUUAAGAAGAGUCAAGAAGCUGGGACUGAAGGACUUUUAUCUUUUCGUGGUGUACCAUUGGAACCAGAAAGAUUUUCUGUUCAUUGUGGAUUAGAGGGCAUCUACAUGCCAGGCAGGAGGUGGAGAAGAAAACUUGAAAUCAUUCAACCAUUAGAAAUCCAUUCUUUUGCCGCUGACUGCAAUACAGAGGACCUCCUUUGUGUUCAGAUAAAGAAUGUUUCUCCAGCACAUACACCAGAUAUUGUGAUAUUUCUAGAUGCUAUAUCAAUUGUUUUUGAGGAGGUUCCAAAAGGUGGAACACUUAUGUCCUUACCAAUUGCUUGCAUUGAGGCUGGAAUUGAUCACAGUUUGCCAAAUCUUGCCCUCAGGAGAGGGGAAGAACACUCAUUUAUUCUAAAACCAAAACUUAUGUGGAAGAAUCAUAAAGUUCAUGGUGAAAAAAUUCCACAGUCGUCACAUAUACAAGCUGGAAGUUCAGCACCCAAUCUGCAUCUGCCCCCCAAGGUUGUUGAAGGAAGAAGGAUUUAUUCAAGUGCUGAUCAGUAUGCAGUUUUGGUAUCUUGUCGGUGCAACUACACUGAAUCAAAGCUAUUUUUCAAGCAGCCCACCAGUUGGCGGCCCCGUCUGACAAGGGAUCUCAUUAUCUCUGUUGCUUCUGAAAUGUCAGAAAAAAGAUGUGGACUUAAUGGAGGGGUUGAUCAGCUUCUGGUUCAGGUGUUAACUCUUCAGGCUUCAAAUUUAACAUCAGAAGAUCUAACAUUGACAGUUCUUGCCCCAGCAUCAUAUACUUCUCCUCCUACUGUGGUCUCCUUGAAUUCUUCGCCCUCAAUUCCUACGAGUCCAUUUGUUGUUUUUUCGGAGGUUGGAGGAAGAGUUGGGGGUGAAAGCCGUAGUAGUGGUGUCCAGAGGCUGGCCUCAAUUCCUGUUGUAUCAGAGAAUAAUAAAGAGAGUGCUGGUACUGGUACAAGAUCUGUUUCUUUUAAUGAGCAGAGCAUAUCUGAUGUCAUUCCGAGUACAGUGUUGGGUUGUACACAUUUAUGGUUGCAGAGCAGGGUUCCUUUAGGACGUGUUCCUUCUCAAUCCACUGCUACUGUCAAACUUGAGUUGCUCCCAUUGACGGAUGGGAUAAUUGCACUUGAUACUCUCCAGAUUGAUGUUAAAGAGAAAGCAGGUCUGACUUACAUACCAGAGCAAUCUCUAAAGAUAAAUGCGACUUCCAGCAUUGCAACAGGGAUUUUAUAGGAUAUUUGAACCACAUUAGCAUCUUUUCAAGUUACUAAUGACUCAAACGUGACAAGGAACCCACACCACAGUCCCUAUUCAUCAGGUUAUCAGAGGUUGAGCAACUUGCUUGUGUGUUCUGUCAGCAUUUGUAGGCAGCGCUAGGGUAUGUGACUAUUGUUCUUUUCAUGGGGAGUGUGUUCAGAAUUGGAGUAUUAUAUUUCUUCUGAAAAUAGGACCUGAGCUUCAUUAAACGGUUGAUGGUUCUCAUUGUGAGUUGUUCCAUGCUUUUCUUAUUUUAAGCCAUUGUCUUUGGCGGUUUUCUAAAAUUACCCUGCACAGGGAAGAGAGAGAUCAGAAUGUACGAUGUUUUGUAGAAGAACAGAAUUGUGUGUAUGUAAUGCUCAUUUGUCAAUUUUUUUUGAAUUUUAUUUUUUAAUAUAUAUAUUUUUUCCAAAUAGAAGCUGUGUUUUUUUUGUAGGUGCUCUUUGGUUUUGAGUUUGAUAUGGUGGACAGAUUUCUUAAAUGAGUUAUUAUUGAUAUGC